CGGUGGGAGCUGCUCGCACCCUGCUUGGAACUAAAGACCCUUGGAGAGAAGGAAUGGUGCAUCAUUCAAGAGAAUCUGGCGGAGAUUUAAACACAGAACGAGGAAAUGGUGUCACUCACCACAGCGCGUAGACUGGGUUCUGCAAGGUAACACCCAUGGCUUCGAUUCAGCCUGUGAGGUGACCCAGUCGCACGCGCGCGGACGCCAAACGGCCUUAGAUUACAUUACGUCCGGACAACGCAUCGAGUGCAGUGACCAGACUCAGCUUGCCCACAUGGUACAUAUUCCAGUUUCCUCCCCAUUACUGCGCUUUUCCGAAGUCUAGAUCGAUCUCUCUGUCUGAAUCCAGUAUUCUUCUGCUCAGCUGCAACAUCCUGCCCAUGAAAGCUAGCAGGAAACUUUCAGAAGGCGAUUGGUUGCGUUUUAUGUCAGAUGGACAUGAAAUGAAGCCCCAAACCUCCAUCCUGCUUUAGCUCAAGAGUAAAAGAAAAGAAGAGCCGCUGUGUCUGUAGUAAUAUAACUACGCCAUGGCAUCUUCUGAUGGGCUUUGUGUCACUACUCUUGCCCUUCCAGUAGCUGAUAAGGAGUCUCCAACAUUCUGGACCAUGUGUGCAUUCUGUCACUAUGUGCACGAGUACCUGAGGAGGUAUGAGAAUCUUGACAUCUGGUGCCAGACUUGUCGCAGACCGUUUCGUGCCAUAGCCAUGGCUACUGCACCACCUAUAGUUCCUGGUACUGACUCUUAUUAUUACUGGCCUUGUAGCCCCUUUAGCCAGAGUCCGGGGCCUCCAGGCUUUGGUGGCUACCCCGCUCCUAUUAUGGAUCAAAAUAUGGCCAUGCCUUGGAGACAUUUUUUUUCUUCUCCACUGCCUAGCUUGCCACCUUCUGAAGUGUCAAACGAUGCCCAGAAGAUACCAACCGAGCAAAAAGCAGUAGCUUCUGAUCCAUCUCAGACAACCCAUACUCCAUUGCCAGUUCCUACCAUGAACGGGGACUCAUCCCACAGGCCUCUUUCUAAAAAAAAGUCUGCACGGGCGAAGCCAAGCAACAGAAAGAGUGGUGAAAGAAUGAAGAUUCAUGCACUUACAACUGAACCAAGGGUUACAAGGUCAAAGAACAGCGAAAAGCAAAAUGAGCAUGUAAACCAACACGAAGAAGAAUCCUUGAGCCCAACUAAAAGUUCACCAAUUCAAAGAAAUGUAUCUGGGAAUGCAAGGAAUUUGCUGGUGAAAAAGGCUAAGUUGGAAAUCCUCAAGAAUGCCUCAGAGAACCAGAAAACUGAAAAAUGUGCAGCUUCCAGUCCUGUUAAUUCCACAAUUACUACCACUCCGGCAAACACCACUGCUCGAACACAAAAGAGGAGAAAUGACAAUGUGGAGCAGAAGGUGCGUAAGGUAAAUUCUUCGAGGUCUGGAAAAUCUGGGUCCGGGUCUGGGUCACGAAAGAACUCCAAGAGUCCUGCAGAUGAGAAGGUAGGUGAACCAAAUCAUUUGAUACCUGAUGACCCUGAUGGAGGAGAAGUUUAUGAAAUGAUCCAAGGCAUAUGUAAAGAUAUUGUUGGUGCUGAGGAAAUUGAGGAGCCACUGGCUACUUCUUUAGCUAUCGAUGUCCCCGACUCUGAUUUCUAUAAUUUUGAUGAUGAUAGAAGUGAGUACAGCUUUGAAGAAGGGCAUGUGUGGGCAAUAUAUGAUGAAGAAGAUGGGAUGCCUAGAAUAUAUGCUAAAAUUCAGAAGGUGAUUUCACGUUAUCCAUUUUCAGUGCAGAUAGCUUGGUUGCAAUCUAUAACCCGUACCAAACGUUCUUGUGGGCAAUUCAAGAUUACAGGGGGAACAACCAGCAAUGUUUUAAAUCUUUUCUCACACAAAAUGAACUGGGAAACUUUGCCAUCAGGUGGUGACGUAAGAAUCUAUCCAAGGAGACAUGAGGUAUGGGCAGUCCAUGAUAAGAGGAAUUCUAGUGACAGUGAAGACCCAUCAAGAUAUCAGAUUGUCGAAAUACUCCAAGAAUAUACAGAAGAACAUGGAGUUUCACUUAUAUCUCUUGUUAAGGUCAGUGGUUUCAAGUCUGUAUAUCAGAGGGUGCAAAUUGGUUCAGAUCCAUUUGUUUGGUCUUUAUUCAAGAAAGAUCUACAUAAAUUCUCACACCAAAUUCCAGCUAGAAAAAUUUCAGAAGAUGUUCCUGAGUUAUCUCAAGAUUGCUGGGAGCUUGACCCUGCAGCCAUCCCAAACUGUCUCUUGAAGGGUGACUAAGUAAAAAUAGAUCAUCAGCAAGAAUGAUGCAUCUGGUUCUGAAGGUUGACUAUUGAGAAGCAAAAUUCUACCAGUGAUCUCAUGCUGAAUUCUAAAUACAGGAAGAUUGUGGUAGUAAAAAUGAACUGAGUUCUCCUGAACUCAUCAAAUAUAAUGAUGGCUAGUACGUAUGAAUCAUGGCAGGCAAUCUGUAUACUUUAUGUGGUGUAUACAUUAGUUAAAUUGUAAUAUUUUGCAUGAAUUUGCAAAUGGGAACAUUUCAGGGAACUGCAGUAAUACUGGAAUUGGUUAUAUGUAGCUUCUUUUGCAAGGUUAAGUCACAAAAACCUUGGGUUUCUGGUGGUUUUUUUUUUUUUGGCACAAGCAUAUGCUAGAGCUUAUGAUAGUCAAUUUUAAGCUAGUACCCAAUCUGUACUUACCUUGUAACUUGCAAGAUUGAACGUCAUAACAAAUGAACUUAGUGCAAUUGACGUGACCACUAUUAAUGUGUAGAUGCCUCUGCCUCAAAAUGUAGAAUUAGUUGGAGAAGAAUGCCCUACUUUUUAGUUCAAUUGAAAUGUUGACCUGUUGCUUCCUUGAAUUGGAUGUACAUCAUUAUGAACCAUUGCUCUCAAUUUGUCCUACACUCCUUUAUUUAAAGUAUACUUGGAGUGGUGAUCUUUUCUAGUUAAUUUUCAUUGUACGGGAGGGUAUUGUGUUUUCUAUGCCCAUGGUUGGUUGAAACCAACAUAGCAGCUUUGUUAUCAUAUUGCAAUCUUUUGGCUUCAGUUGCAUAGUUCAUAACAUGCAAGCUUCCCAUCUUCCAUCAGUAUUAUCUUAAGGUAAUUCUUUCUGGCUAUUGCAGUAAAAUUUUAGAUAUUGAACUGCUCUUUUCUUCCCUUCUAUCUGCUCAAGUCUGUUUAGCACUUGUUUGCCUAGUCCUCUUUUCCAGGACAUUUUGUCUCUUUUUAUGUUCGUUCUUGAAAUUCUUUCUUUGGCCAUACAACUCAAGCACCAUCUUCUAAGUAAUAUUUACUAAAGGGGGUGAACUUUACCACUUGGAUGUUAGACUGAUCAAUUAUGUUUCUGGUUGAAAGUGAAACUGUUCUGAAAGAUGAACUGCCCUGCGUAUUUAAACCUAAGUUCAUUUUAUGUUCACAGAGUUCAAUUGGCAUGCUAGUUUGCAAGUCAACUAAAGCAAUCCAAUCAGCACCGACUGUCUUGGCACUUCUUCAUAUUGGAUAGUUACACAGCCGGCUUCCAUUGUCAAGCUCUUUCCUUUAAAAAUUAUGUCAAUUAGUUAAUAUACCUAGUCACUUCACAUUAUUUGUUAUGAAAAUAGCUUGCUGCAUCUAUUAUUGUCCACAAUUUCAGGUUACAAUAAAAGGCAAGGUGGCUCAUACUACCCAUUUUUGCUUUGGAGUGAUGUUCCGGGGAGAAUCAUAUCUGAACUUCUCAAUAUUAAAUGAAUUACAACAAACUCUGCAUAUUGGUUAAGCAAAACGUUUAUGGCAGUACUUCAGAUAAUGUCAAUUGUAGUUUGUGGAGGCCGUGGUUCCAAGGCUUAUUGCUUAACGGUCACAUCUACACAGCAAUGAAGCAUCACACUUCUGCCUGUAACACAUGAAAUGUCUCAUUUAGCUCUAGCUUACGUUUAAGAUAAGGAUUACAACGAAGAAUCUUUAAGCCCUUGUGCACAAAAAAAAUAUUUGUUUUUAGAAGUGCAUGUAGAUGGCAAAAAUUGUCGACAACUGUGCUGCAUACUUUCUUAACUGAUUUGUCUACUGACUUUGAAUCGUUUGGUUCAGCAUGAGUUGUCUGUUGUUCAUUCUUUUUCUUCGACCAAAAUAAAAUUGAAUGUUCAAUUUUAAUUUA